GCUCUGAUCAUUGGGAGAGCCCAUCGCACUCCACAACGUCGAAAGCAACACCGCACUGAAUGCCGGGAUUUGAAGUUUCAACAGCCACCUUGAGCCUCCUCAGCCCCAAAGCUCUUGGAACUGUGAACUACAAGCCCCAUAACUACACGGAUCUUAAAGUGGAAUCAGCAUUAUAACACUCCAGCUCUCGACAAAGGGAAGGAGCGUUUUCCACCUUUCUGCCAGGCGAGCUUCACUUCUCCAUUUCCACCAACGGUUUGCAUUUGUGAAAUAUCCUGGUGGUUAGAGCCUGGUGCUUUGCUUUUUGUCUCCCUUUUCCCCACUUGCUUCCAAGACAGACGAUGCCAUGAUGUGCAGAAGUUUUAACUGGACAGUGGGUCCCUUUAGAUUUGGAACCAAACCGGCGGGCAUCAUGCAAACUGUCUGGGUCGUUGCUGUGACCUGGAUGCUCUUUGGGGAGGCCAACGCUCGAGGAUCUCCUUUUGGAUUGCAGGAUGCCGAGAGCUCAGUGCCUCUUCCCUUCGACAGUAGAGGGCAGGCCAUCAGGAUCCUGGACCCGGGUCCACAUGUAGAUUGCAGAGAGGUGAAGAAGCAGAACAUCUCUGGACGCUGCUCCUUCAUCAAAAACAACCCGGACUGUCAGAUGGAAGGCGGGUUUCUCAAUUACCUCAACGGAGUCUUCUGCGUCUUCCCUGCUUCCCUGCAACCUCUGGCCGUAACCCUCUAUGCACUGUGGCUUCUUUACCUCUUUGUGAUCCUUGGCGUCACCGCUGAGAAAUUCUUCUGUCCCAAUUUAUCUGCCAUCUCCACCAAGCUGAAGUUGGCCCACAACGUGGCUGGUGUCACCUUUCUGGCCUUUGGAAAUGGGGCACCAGAUGUCUUCAGUGCCGUGGUGGCAUUCUCAGACCCCCGGACAGCCGGUCUAGCCAUUGGCGCACUCUUUGGUGCCGGCAUCUUUGUCACCACUAUCGUGGCGGGCGGCAUAGCCCUGGUCCGACCCUUCACAGCAGCCUCCAGGCCAUUCCUCAGGGAUGCCGUCUUCUAUAUGGUGGCAGUCUUCUUGACCUUUGUGGCACUCUAUUUUGAGGAGGUCACCUUGGGAGAAGCCUUGAGUUACCUUGGCCUCUACAUCUUCUAUGUCUUGACGGUGGUGGUGUCCACAUGGCUUCACAAGAGGCAACGCAGAGAGAGGCUGGCACCCCCUAGCCCUGCAGAACCAGAGCAUCCGACGGACUCCGAAGAUGGGGAUGCCUCAAGUGUCACUGGAGGUGACUACGGUGAAGAAUACCAGGCCCUGCUGCCUUCAGAGGAAAGUACAUUCCAGAUCCUAAUUCGCUCUGUCAACCCCCUGGACUACAGGAAAUGGAGGAGGAAGCCCUGUUACUGGAGGCUGAUAAAGGCCUGCAAGUUGCCGAUUGAGUUUGUGCUGCGCCUUACAGUCCCCAUCGUGGAUCCCGACAGGGAAGAUCAGAACUGGACCCGGCCCUUGAACUGUCUCCACCUGAUUGUGGGCCCCGUCUUCUGUGUCCUCACGUUGAAGUCUGGCGGGUAUGGACUUUACAAGAUCCAGGGCAUCUUUCCGGUGUGGGGUGUGGUGUUGCUGGCAGGGGUUGCCAUGGCAGUGAUCAUCUUUGUCACUACGAAGAACGAAGUGCCGCCAAAAUACCACUGGCUUUUUGCCUUCCUGGGCUUCCUAGUCAGCGCCCUAUGGAUCAACACUACCGCCACUGAGGUGGUGAACAUCUUGCGGACGUUGGGCAUCGUCUUCCACCUCAGCAAUACUGUUCUGGGGCUGACGCUGCUGGCCUGGGGAAACAGCAUUGGAGAUAUGUUUUCUGACCUCACAAUGGCACGGCAGGGGUACCCCCGCAUGGCCUUCUCUGCCUGCUUUGGAGGCAUCAUCUUCAAUAUGCUUGUCGGAGUGGGACUCGGGUGCCUUCUGCAGAUGACAAGCAGCAAAUCAGUCGUCAGGUUGGAAUCAGAAGGCCUGCUGGUGUGGAUCCUGGCUGGCGCACUGGGCCUGAGCCUGGUCUUCUCAUUCCUCUCGGUCCCCGCUCAGUGUUUCCGUUUAGGCCGAGAGUAUGGCUGCUGCCUCAUCAUCUACUAUCUGGUGUUCUUGACCGUGGCCCUGCUGACAGAGUUCAGAGUGAUCCGGCUUUCCACUUACUGACGCAGGAGACUGUUGCUAUCGGGAUUGAGUUCUUUGCCCUUGGAAAGGCAUGGCUGCUGGCGAGCUCCCAGUCGCCAUGGUGGUUGACUGUCAUCAUGGCCACUGGUCUCUGGACUUCAAGUAGAGCCCUGGCCAAGGAGUGUGCAUGUCUCUGAAGGCAGGAUGUUCCUGGUUCCUUGUGAGUCAGAGUGUUGCACCAAAUUGGGCCUUGGAAAACUCCCCAUCCCCAGCUAGUAAUAUAUUUUUGAAGGACUUGGCAUUGUUUAGGUUGGAAUAGAGGAAAGUCUUUUAAAGGGUUUUUUAUAAUGAAUUUUUUACCAGAAGCAGGAUUCAAAUCCUGCCUUAUUUGGAGCUUGAAUGUCGAAGUUGCAAAGGCAUCUCCAGACUGUCUUUGGGAACUACUUCAUAGUGUCGUUUGACCAAGAAAUGGCACAUAUAAGUGAGAUCAGCCCCAUUGAAUCAGUGGGAUUUACCGAUGUGUUGACUCAUCAUUCAACAGUUGAUUCAGCAGGGAAUCCGAUUCUAGUUGGGUGGAUGAAUAGGUGUCAGGUCAUGUCAGGUUAAGAGAUGUAUAUUUUCUUCUCCUAAAGUCAUAUGCAUGUUUUCCAUAGCUUUCAAUCACAUAUUUUAAUGUGUGCCGCCUUCAAAUGUAAUUUCCCCCUUGACCAAAGUGGAUUAUGUGCAUUUUCCAAUCAUAGACAUAGACAUGUGUUUUUUUAAAUAGGCAGUGUUGCAUGCCUAUCGUUUCUCCAAAAGUCAACAAUGUGUGACUUUAUCAAACCUAGCAAAAGGAUUUUCCAUCCUUUGGUAGGAAUACGUUAAUUCCAUGGGCUUUUCCUGGAGGAGUGAAAACUCUUACUGAUGUCACUUUUUAAAAAAUGAUAAUAUGGUGAGGUUUUUAUAAAAAGAAUUAUCCGUGAUAACUUUAGUAGGGAAAGAGAUGCUAGGAAGAGAAAAAAGGGUAUGUUAAACCCCAAGGGAUUGAUAAUAUUUAGAUCUCUGAAGCCAAGUCCCCAUAUUUUGGGCACAUCGGGGCCUCAAUCCUAUUGGUUAACCCAAACUAAAGGAAGCCCUGUGAGUCAGUUGUUCAAUGAGAAGUCAUCAUAGAGUUAAAUCCCAUUGAUUCAGCGGAACCAAUCUAGUUCAAGCUUCCAAUAGGAUUCAGGCCCCUGGUGUCCCCACCUUGUCCUUGGAGAAAAGGAAGGUGACCAUAGAACUGCAUUGGAGAGAGUCCUAAAAAUCACAUUUUGAAUCGAAUCCAUGAAUAAUCAGAUCUACAAAAGUCAAAACCACAAAUGUGGAGGGAUGACUGGAGGCAACUCCCAUGUUUAAAGAUCUAUUUUUUUUUUAUUUUUUUGGAUAGAUGAAGGCUGGCAAAUGACACCUCUAGGAGAAUCCCAUGUCUCCUUUUUUUUGUAUUAGGAGUGACUUGAGAAACUGCAAGUCGCUUCUGGUGUGAGAGAAUUGGCAAGGACGUUACCCAGGGGACGCCCAGAUGUUUUGAUGUUUCCCAUCCUUGUGGGAGGCUUCUCUCAUGUCCCCAAGUCUCGAUUUAAAUGCUACUUUCCUACUAGCAGCCUAAUACCUUGGUUAGGUUCCACAUUGUGUAGUUUGAAAAACAAGACAUUAAGUUCUCCUGAAUGUUCUCCUCCCAAGUAAUAAACUGCUAUCUGAAAGAGUGAAGAGCUGGCAAACUGGUAUGAAAAGCAACUGGCUUCAUCUUGAUUGGUCAGUGAGAAUCUGGCUUUUGUUUGUUUUUUUUUUUUUGUUAGAGUAGGAGAUCUGCGUGAGAGUGUAUCAUUUGGACACGUCUCGUCUCUGUCACAAUCUACCUCAGAAGGAAAAAUGAGAGCAAUCACUUGCUUAAAAGCCCUUCCUAUGGGAGGGGUGGAAGAUGCUUCAGGGCUAGUUUUUGAGCAGUCUAAGAUGCUGGGUUUUUUUUAUGGAUUGUUGUGGGCAACCAAGGUUUUUCCAUUCCCUCCUUGAGGAACUGGUUGGAAAAUAAGUGCUCUCUAGGAACGUUUUCACAUUGGGCAAUUCGCAGAGUGGUUCUUCACUGGCCUAGAGUUGUUGCAAUUCACUUUUGGACUGUGGACCUGGACCACUGUGAGCCAGUUGCAUCAUUAAAAUCUCAUGCCUUUCUUCUCUUGCAUCUCCAUGAAGGGAAAGAGCAGAGCAGCAUGCAUUUCUGAUGCUGCUUAAAUGUUGUCAAAGACUCUCAGAUGUUGUUCGACACUGUAUGGAACAGUUGCACUGUAUUUAUGCUGUAUCCCUAAUUUCCUGUUCUGAAAAAAAACCCUACUCUUUCCCUUGCUCUGAGAACAAAUGUGACAUUUGGUAUGUUAAUAAAUGCAAAAAAUUAAAAUAAAGUCUCAUUUUCAGUGCUAUAUAGUUGACUUCAUACAGUUACUGCAUUGAGAAUGGCUUAUAUGAUGCAGUUAUCAUAAAAAAUCAAUAUGCAGAUUUGAUAAAUUUGGGUUUGGUAUGUGUGGGUAUGAAUGGAAGUACGGAAGAAUGAAGGAAUGGGAGCUAAUAAUUUUGGAGACACCAGUAAAAUAUUAAGGCCUGUAAUGACUAGACCUGCUUGCUGGAAUGCGAUUAAAAGUUGCUAAUGAGAAGUGAAAAGUAAACUGUGAUAAGAACUGUGACAAUGGUUCUUUUAAGUUAGGGAAAAGUUAUGAAGGAAGUCAACACAAGGCUAACACCAAUCAAGAAGAGUCAACAUCUGGCCAGGAAACUGAGAUGGAGCCAGGAUGGAAGACAUCUAUCAUUAAUUUACAGCAUUGGGACUACAUCAGCAGAAUAUUCCUAUAAAAGACUAUCUAAUAAUUCCCAAAUUGUGGCAGAACGCAGGAGUCUGUUCCACCUGUUAUGCUCUGUGGGAAAGACAGAGAUGGUGUAUUCGGAGGAUGUCAGAUAUGGUAUGGGAAAGCAUGGUUCUGGUCACUUUGGCCGCCUUUCUCAAGGGAAGAGGAAGAAGUGCGAUUUUGGAGUCUUGGAUUCUGCAGUAUGGAAAACAGAGAUCUGGUCCUUGGCAUUGUUCCUAGGGAAUGAAGUUUUGGAAUGUUGGCAUUAUGGAAGUUUUGGAACUGUGCAUUGGCAGGCUGCAGGGAAGCAGGAUCUGGCCUAAGAGAUGUUCUUCUCCAGGGGACAGCAGGAGAAUGGUGAUGUAUGCACGAGGAUGGAUGCAUGUAUAUGUGGUGUGAAUGUUGAGUAAAAAUGUAAUUCUCCUUUGUUUGUUUGUUAGCCAUGUUUGUGAAUCCAAUGUAGUUGCAUAGAACCUGUAUGUAUGUCUGUCCAAUGUUCUUAGUGUAGUGUAAACGUUCUGAUUCCCCUUUCUCUUACUGGAAAUUGCAAUAAAAAGAACCUAUGCUUUAA